AUUAACAGUAUUAGCAACUCAGCAUCACUCACUCUCAAGAUGGAAGACAACAAUUCAAACACCACGGACGCACAACAGAGCGUAGCACGCCACUUGCCGGGUCUCUUACGGGUCUUCACCGACGGUCGUGUCGAGAGGUUCAUUGGAAACGACUUCGUUCCGCCCUCAAUUAACCCACAAGCGCCAGUUGCAUCCAAAGACAUCACAAUCCACCCUCAAACCAACGUCUCCGCUCGUCUCUUCCUCCCACAAACCACCACCAACCACCGCAAAUUGCCUCUCGUAAUCUACGUCCACGGUGGCGCGUUCUGUGUCUCCUCCCCCUUCACCGCAAACCACCACAAUUACGUUUCCGCUCUGGUUGCCGAAGCCAAAGUCGUGGCCGUCUCUGUGAAAUACAGGUUAGCGCCGGACCACCCUAUCCCCGCCGCAUACGAGGAUUCAUGGGCUGCACUAGAGUGGGUGGCGUCACACCGGAAUAAAAGUGGACCGGAGCCAUGGUUGAAUGAGCAUGCUAAUUUCGAAAGAGUUUUCUUGGCUGGGGACAGUGCAGGCGCAAACAUAGUUCAUAAUCUAACAAUGAUGGCUGGGAAUCCGAACUCGGAGCUUCCGAUGGACAUUCUUGGAGCUUGUCUGGUCCACCCGUUUUUCUGGGGUUCGAUUCCUGUCGGGUCGGAGGCAUUGAAUCCGGAUAUGAAGGGCAUGAUGGAUGAGUUAUGGGCAUUUGUGUUUCCGUCAAUGGCAGAUUAUGAUGACCCGAGGAUUAACCCGGUGGGUGAGGGUGCGGGGAGCUUAGAGUGGGUGGGUUGUAGGAGAGUGCUGGUGUGUGUGGCGGAGAAGGAUGUGCUGAGGGAUAGAGGGUGGCUUUAUUACAAUGCAUUGAGUCGUAGUGGGUGGAUGGGUGUUGCGGAAAUUGAAGAGACUGAAGGGGUGGAUCAUGGAUUUCAUCUCUCUGGUUUGGGCACCCAAAAGACCAUAGAUUUGAUCAAAUCCUUGGCUCUCUUCUUCAACAGAGACCCUCCUCCUUCAAUUUAAUUUUCCAUUCUUUCUCUCUCCUCUUAUCGUGUUUGGGCCAAAUGUUCUACUUUUUCAAUGCAUCCAACUCUCUUUUCCAAUUUUCUCUUUAGAUUCCAAAUUGUCUGUGUUAAGAAUAAGGAACCAUCACUUCCUAACCCCACUCCGUAUCAUUUUGCUCUCACAAGGUGUUUUCUAGAGACUACAGUGCCUUUGAAAGUAGGAUAGCUAAACUUAAAUGACGUGCUCCUAUGUUUUUGUAACAUAUGUUUGCUAAAUAUUUAA